CGCAUUGUACACAGACUGAGCUGGAAAAAUCAAGGGUGCACAAGAAACAAAGCACAAGAUGUGCACAAUGCGUAAUUAGAGGAAGUCAAUAACAGAACACCAAGAGGAGAUCAGAGUGAAUCUGAGGAUGCAAAUGGUGAAGCUUCCAUGCUGCAGUUUCUGAAAGCUGACAAAAAGAAGAGCAGAAAGAAAAGAUGGAGCACAAAGCUCUCCCUGAAGAAGGAAUCGUCACAAGUUUCUCUAAUGUGGUAAGAAGUGGAAACACAGCAAAGCAACAAAGGACUUUUAAUGAAGAAAACCACCAAAGGAACCAUCAAAAAGAAAUUGAAGCCCUGUUCAACAGACUUCAGGACAGACGACAUCAGAAGUUUUCACCAGCAGAUUUUCUCAAGAUUGGUCCUCCUUUGAAACCGAUCACUGACACACCUGAAAAAGAUGUAGCUCAAGCUUUUCUUCAGAGGUUGAUGGCUUUAGAUUACAGAGCCAGAUACAUCCCUGUUCAACCAGAUAGUUCUGAGGGGAAUUCACAGUCUCUCUCUGUUUCUGAGACUGUUAGCACAGAUGAUGAUGACAUCUAUGCUUUAUUUAGAAGCAAUGUAGAUUCUAAUCAGUCCAAACAGGAUCUUGUCCACCCCAUGGAUGUUCAGAUGGUUGUAUUUCACUGCUCAGACAAUUUCCUGAAGCAAAACAUGAUCACAACGUUGUCACAGUGUCAAUACGCCUUACCUCUGCUUGUUCCUGAUCUUGGUGCAGCAGAUAUUGAGUGUCCUCUGUGGACAUUCAGACAAAUAAAGAAAACCUGGAAGAAAACUGAAAUCAAAGAUAAUUCAAAGACCGUCACCAUCAAGAGUCUGCCAAUCUGCAAAGCUGAAACUCCAGUGGUGUCUUUCUUCCGUCUGGGUUCACUGUCUCAGUCCAAAUCUCAGCUCAUGAACACUUUGAUCAACGACCGUCACAGCACCUUCUUCCACAGAAACUGUCAAAGAAACACCAAAUCUCGCCAUUUGAUGGAUGGGGUUGUAGAGAUUGCCUGGUACUGUCCUGCUGGAAAAGACAAUGAUUCAUUCUCUGACUGCAUUGCCUUCUGUAAUCUUCAUGGAGAUUCUCUGUUGAUGGAAAAACAACGAGAAAUACUGACGGAAAUGUCUUCAGUCUUAGUUGUUCUUGUACCAGCUGUGGAAAAAGGUCAAGAAAGUUCUAAAGUCGUUUCCACCCUUUUUGGAUCUCCAAAUCCUCUGAUUGUUCUCACUGCUAAUAACGACUGUGGUGCUGUUGAGAUAAAACCACAAAAAUACAAAGUAGGACUGAAAGACAGAAGUCAAUCUGAUAUUUCUGAGGAACUUAAAGGAAUCAUUAGACAGAUUUUGUCUGGAUCAAACAAAUCCUUCAAGCUUGAGUUGAUGUCCAAGAUUCCUGGAGUCAGAGUGGAUGAAGAUGACCCAGUCUGUCAAAAUGGAAAAUCUGCUGCCAUGAACAUAGUAAAGCUGAUUCAGGACAUGGAUGUUUGCAGUAUCAAAGAUACUUUUCUUCCUUGUCAAGGUCAACUUUGGCAUGAGUGGUGCAGAACAAAAAAAGAAACAUUCUGCCUCAGAGGAAACAUUGAGGAAGAAAAAAGUCAGAAAGAUCAGCAACUGAUGCAAAUCCGGCAGAAACAAUGUGCUGCUUCCUGUAGUGAACUGAUGAAAUCAUUCACUGACAGCCUCAUGUGUUUGGAACAGAAAGAUAAAGAAUACUUCCUGAAAUGGACUCAGAUCCUGAUAGAUGAACUCUCCUCAAAGGAUCUCUCUGCAAUUCUCAAAAUCUAUGAUGAAAAGUGGUCAGAGGUCUUGGAUUUAAAGAAGAAACAUGACGAAUUUGAUCAGUUAAAAUCCAAACAAGCUGAACUUGAAGAAAUAUCAAAGAAACUGCAGGCAGCAAACUUUGGUUUGGAGCACAUCUUCAGAGAAAUGGCCCAGAUCUAUGAAGCCCAUCAAUCUCUAGAGAAACAAACACACUGCACACACACUGAUUGGGAUAAAUACCCUGAGCUGGCUGCAGAUCUGAUGAUUUCUGGACAUCCUAUGGAGUUGAUGGAUGGUGAUGCAGUUCACCUGCCUUUAACUUGGAUCUCUGGUCUUUUACAGGAAGUCAUCAAGAAACUGGGUGACCAGAAAGUUUUUGUGUUGUCAGUUUUGGGCGUUCAAAGCAGUGGAAAGUCAACAAUGCUGAAUGCCAUGUUUGGACUGCAGUUUGCUGUGAGUUCAGGCAGGUGCACCAAGGGUGCAUACAUGCAGCUGGUCAAAUUAUCAGAGGAAAUCAAGAAAGAAUUCAAGUUUGACUAUGUUCUAGUCGUGGACACUGAAGGACUAAGAGCUCUUGAACUGGAAGGUCCAAACACUCUUCACCACGACAAUCAACUGGCAACAUUUGUUGUUGGUUUGGGAAACAUGACGCUGAUCAACAUCUUUGGUGAGAAUCCAGCUGAGAUGCAUAACCUGCUUCAGAUUGUUGUUCAGGCUUUCAUGAGGAUGAAGAAAGUUCAGCUUUCUCCAAGUUGUGUGUUUGUUCACCAGAAUGUUACAGAUGUCACAGCUGUAGAGAAAAACAUGGACGGAAGGAGACGACUGCAGGAGAAACUGGACAAGAUGGCUCAACUAGCCGCCAAAGAGGAAGGGUGUGAAGCUGAAUGUUUCAGUGAUAUUAUUGCAUUUGAUGUGCGAAAAGAUGUGAAAUACUUUGCCCAGCUGUGGGAGGGAAGUCCACCAAUGGCUCCUCCAAAUCCAGGUUACAGUGAGAGCGUCCAAGAACUGAAAAGCAUCAUCCUGUCUAAAGCUUCAGAGUCUGAUGGAAUCAAACUCUCACAUUUCAGCAGCAAAAUUCAGGACCUUUGGAACGCUCUAAUGAAUGAAAACUUUGUUUUCAGCUUCAAAAACACUCAAGAAAUUUCAGUGUACAGAAAACUUGAGGCCCAGUACGGAAGCUGGACUUGGACUCUGAGGAGUGAGAUGCUGACCAUUCAGAAUCAACUUCAUCCACAAAUAGAAAAUGGAAAACUUAACAAUAUUGAACUCAGUGACAUUUCUACAAGAAUGAGCAGAAAAUAUGAAGAAAUCAAGACAGAAAUCACAGAUUACUUUGAGAAGGACACAGACAAAGUACUGUUGGUCCAGUGGUGUGGACAAUUUGAAAACAAAAUCAAAGAAUUUUAUCAGGAGCUUCUGACAGGACUUCAAAGAAAACUGGAUGAAGUCAUUCAGCAGACGACAGCCUGUAAAAACCUUGAAGAGAAGAAAACAGAUUUUGAGAACCAACUGCUGCAAAAAAGCAAAAAUCUCGCUCACGAGUUAAGAGAAACCACAAAAGAAGAGGAACUUAAAAAGCAGUUUGACUCUGUUUGGAGUCACUGGGUUAAAGAAUUAACUUCAGGUAUAAAACCCAUUGAGGACAUACACCUGGAAGAAGAUCAGUUCAAUGUCCUUCAAAGCCUUGGUUUUGAAUGGACUCUAUGUGAUAAACUGAUAAACACUGAAAAAUACAAAAGACUGCCAGGAAAUGGUGAUUAUUCUGAUUAUAUUAACUUAAAAAUGUCCCAAAAAUUCAAAGCGGCAUGGAAUAAAUUAGGAGAGAAAAUAAACCUUAAAUCUGAACCUUUGUCGCAUGAAGAUCAGGAACAGAUCCGUUCUUUCAUUGAAGAUGUUCAACAAAAAUCACUGAAGAUCAUUCAGAGCAAACCUGUAGCAACAACAGGCUACACAUCAACUUACCUGCAUGAAGUGGCUAAAACUGUUCAAAAAAAUGUGACAGAAUUGGAAUCAAAGAUGAAAAUUACCUUUAAGAAGGAGUUUACAGUUGAUCUUCUGCUGUUUGUAUUCCACAUUCCAGCUGGUUGGAUUUUACAGUCUCACAAACAAUACAAAGACAACAAUGAUGCUUUGACCUACUUGAACAAAAAGAAAAAGGAAUAUUUUAGCAUUUUCAGUAGUUUCUGUAAAAGAAGCUCGUCUGUUGAGGUGUUUGGAGAAAUCAUCUGCGAGAAUCUGAAGGUCUCUGCUGUUGAGGCUGUCUGUAACCAGACUGCUGUUGACCUUGCUGGAGAACUCAUGAGUAAUGUCCCAGCAUUCAAUGGAAACAGGCUGAAUCUGGAGAAACAUGUGCUAAGGGAUCUGGCAGAGAAGGAAGACUUCAACAAGUGCAUCACCUACAUCAGAAAUCCAAGAGAGCAAGUAGAGGAUUUUAUAAGAGAACAAGUAAAGAUGUACAUUUUUGUGGAAAACAAAGAUAAAGCUCUGAAAAUCCUCCAGAAAAAUGUAGAUGACAUCCAGAAGCUCAUCAGUCAAAGUUUCUUUGAAGCAACAGAGAAGUUCAAAACUGAAAAAGGAGAGAUAAACAUGUGGAUGAAGGAGUUCUCCAGUUUACUGAGCUGUAAGCUGACACUGGAUACCAUUUCAUGUCAGAACUUCACUGAUGUAAAUGACUUAGAUAUUUUAAGAGAAGAGAUAGAAAAAGGUCUUCAAACCAUCACUGAGAAAAUGAAGGAGCUUUCUGUGGAUGAGGUGAUGAAAUACAGACAGAAACCUGAUGGAAUCCUCAUUGAGCAGCUGUGUAACUGCUGCUGGAAACGAUGUCCAUUCUGUGCAGCUGUUUGCACCAACACCAUCAAAGACCACAGUACAGAAAAACACAGUGUUCCUUUUCACCGACCAGCUGGAGUCUCAGGUUUUCAGACUCACAGACACACAGUGGACCUAGUUAGUGAUUUCUGCACCACAUUAGUUGCGAGUGAUAGAAGCUUCUAUCCCAGCCAUGAAUCAGAGAAGAGCAUUCCUUUUAAACAGUAUCAAACUGCAGGAGGAAAAUGUGCAUCAUGGAGCAUUACUGCGCAUGGAUCUAAUCUGCAAUACUGGAAAUGGUUUGUUUGUCGCUUUCAGAAGGAACUAGAGGAUUAUUAUAAACUGAAGUUUCAGGGUGGGGGGGGGAUUCCAUCUGAAUGGAGAAAGUACAAUAAAGAAGAAGCUCUGGAAAGUCUGAAUGAAAUGUCCAGUUUGUGAGAAAACUGCAAACAUUCUGGAGCUUUAAAGAGAUUCAUUUAUUUUUCCAGAAAGAAAUGUUUAUCUUUUAUUCACAUUGAGCAGCCAAAGCCAAAGUUUUUUUCAUUUAAACAGUAUUUCAUUUAGGUGUAACAUUAGUUUGAAUCUAACAUCACCUUGAGGAAUCUAAAUUGCUAAAGAAGGCAAAGCCUUUUAGGAAACAAUUAAAGUCUAAGUAAUAUUAAGUAAGAAAUCUACUUUUAAUCCCCAGAAUUUUCAUGAAAAAUAUUUGUUUGCAAGUACUUUUUUUACUAAAUUAUUUUUAUUUUCCUUUUACAAAUCAUCAUGUGUCUUCUAAAUCCAUCUUCAAUAGCGCAUUUUGUACAAUUAUUUGGAUUUUAAUUUUUCAAAAGAAAGUCAUUUUUUAGAUUUUUUGACUAAUUUUUCAGUUUUUUUGUCCAAAAUAGGAUUCAUAAAAAGGUUGGAAAUUGGAAUUAUAAAAAAAAAAAUAUUUAAAAAAAGAAACCAUAGAUUUCUGCAUUAAAAAGUUAUUUUAACUCUGAUAG